AUGAUUGUUGUGAAAGCCAUUUUCCUACUGAUUUUAGCUGUCGCAGUUGUUGAGAGCUCAGGGCUGGCUCAGAAUACAACGCGCUGGGUUUUUUCCGGUUUUGCCAAUUGUAAUCCAGCAGGUCCUCCUUCUGAUUACCUCAUAGUAAGUUGGGUAUUUUUUUCAGUGCCCUAGACUUGAAUUUGAAUCUGCAAUAGGAGUAAAAACUAUAUUUUCCCUGCCAGAUGGCUAGUCAAACCCCUUAACUUGUUGGUGCACCUCUCUAUGGCCUCAGUUUUCCCAGACAACACCUAAAAUACACAUUAAAGUAGUGCUCUCGAGGAUCGGGCUGUCUGCAGAUGAAAAUAUUAUAUAUAGGUCCAAUUUUAGGGCUAUUAGUCAACAAGAGCAGCUCCUUAUUUCACAUUUUCUUUUUUCGAAAUGAACGGGGUCUAGAUAAGCUCCAAUUCUUUCAGGUCCUAACUCUCCUAGCGGUCGACACCUUUGACACUCGGAAGUGUGGAUCGGCCGUGGCCAGACAAGACGAUGGCAGUUUCUACAUUGAAUGCCAAAACAAUUCGACCGACGCGACGCCGCAGCUCGAAAUGUAAUCGCAUCAUUUUAGUUUACAUAGCUAUAAUAUGCAUAUUUCAAUGCGUUCAAAACCAUGUUUUUAGCCUUCAUGGAUGCGGCGGCAUGUGUCUCUUUUGGUGGAAGGGCUAUUCAGAGCCCGAAUAUCACUUGAACUUCACUCUGUCGCGUAGAUUUGGAGGUAAAUGACGUAAAAGGCAUUCCAAAUUGAAUUGUUUUGUUGCAUUUGGACGUUGAACCAAUCUUAAUUUUCAGAACCUGCGGUUGGCUGUAGAAAAGAGUGA